AUGAGCGAUUCAGAUGUUGCCGAUCAAGCAUUAUCGGGAAGAGAAGAUGUUUCCUCUUCUUCUUCUCGGCCUCAAGAAGAAGUCAUGAGCCAAGAUGUGGACCCGACACCCACUCCCACAGCUGAUCCGAAUGAGGAUGCUCUUGGAAAUGAUGAAACACCAAAUCAUGAAAAUUCGGAGGAACCUCAACAAGAAAAUCAUGAACGCGAUCAGGAAGAGCCCGAAGACGACGAGGAAGGGUUUAAACCUUUUGACCCGAAUGCCUCCAUGAAUGUUAGCAAUAUUGUAAAUACUCAAAUGAAUGAUACCAUGGGAAGUAUUAUUUCUUCAGCGAAUGCACUGCAAGGCAUCAAUGGAAAUGACUCUCCGAAUGUCAUCCAAGAUGUAGAAGCAUUGAGAGAGGAAGAAAAUAGAAAGAAACGAGAGGAACAUUUGAAAAUGAAAAUUCGUCAACUCAAGGACGAGGAACAGUCAUACUCUAAAAUUAACCUUACUAAUAUUAAUGCCAACUGGUUAUACUUGAUGAGAGAAAGUAAAUUGAAAGAACUUAAGGACACGAUUCAAAUACAAGCUCAGGAUCAUGACCGAUUGGUAGACAGAAAGAAUGCAACCAUUCAACUCAUGUAUCGUGAGUUGGAUGAAUCCGAAGAGCAGUAUCGUUCCGCAUUGAGAACUCACAUGCAGCAUAUUGAGGAAUUGUUGCAAUUGCAAGAUCAGCGUCUCACCAUUCUCCAUCAAGAGUUCAACAAUGACUUGUAUCUGUUAAAAAAGGAAUAUGAGGAAGAAAUGGAAGAGUUGAGAAUCAAGCACGAAGAGGAAAUGAGAGAAUGGGCAGAAAUUACCAAAGAAAUGGAAAAGCGAGAGGAAAAAACCAAUGAAAUCAUGGAAAUGGAUUUUGCUCAAACCAAGGAAAAGGUAAAGAACCGAUACCAAGAAGAGCUCAUACAAAUGGUUGGUAACAUGAAUGAUAAAAUUGAAGAAUACCGCCGCAUCACCAAGCAAGAGAACAAUGAUCACUACGAAUCCAUGAAUCAAAAAUAUAAGGACUAUAUCAUUUUGAGAGAACGUGACAGCAGUUACAUUGAAAUUAUCAAGAAUCAAACGUAUCAAAUCAAAAUGAAGGAGGAAGCUCUUGCUCACUGGAAAGCCAAAUGGUUGAACAAUCUAAGGGAGUGUGAAGAUCGAAACAACAAGCUCAUCAAGGAGAAGGAUCAACUCUCUCAACAUUUCAAGGACCUUAAAAAGAAGAUGAAUGCCUUUAGAGACUCCGAAAAGAAGCGACUCACAGAACUAGUCAAAAUGAGUAAGGAUACCAUCGAUUCUCUGAAUGAAAAGUUGGAUAAAGCGUCACGAAUCCUCAAGUUAUCGGAAGUGAACAGAAGAUAUGAAACCGAGCGAGAGCGGUUGAUUCCAUUCGAAACCGAGUUGGAGAGCUCUGUGGCUUUGGCCUCCGUUGCCGAAUCUGCUAUGGAAGACGUCAUGGAAGGUGAGGAGAAGAAUUUUACAGAGUCCGAGUGGCAACAACUCGAUCGUUUCUACAAACGCUAUAAUAAGGUUCUUUUGGAUAAUUUAGCUUUGGAGCAAGAGAAGGAACACUUGGUAGAUCAAAACAAAAAGCUUCGUGACAUGUUGAAACAAUAUUUGGACGGUAUUACGGUUAACGAAGACGUUCUCAACAGUAGAAAUCCUCUCUUAAUUGUGGAUCCAUUAAUUAAGGGACGAUCCAACGAGGCAGGGGCCAAAGAGCUUGUUGUCGUUUCUGCCACAAGUAGGCAAGCAGAAAAAGUGAAAAUAGGUAAUUAA